AUGAGGAGGGGACAUGGUUCAACCAAAGUACCAGGUGUAAAACUGCGCCCGCCCGAUCGAGUCAGGUCAAAGACAGCAGACGUAUCGUUGAAGAACUCCGUUUAUGCCCAAUCCUUGGAAGCUCAUGAGCUGGAUUUUACGGAAAUAAUUAAGAGCUGCAAGAAGCCUUUUGUUGGAGUAGUCGUCUGUGCUUCCGGAAUUAGUGACAAGGUUAACUUAUUCCAUCAAGCAGUACAACUUGGAGCGCAGACAUCAUCAGACCUUACGGACAGAGUCACACAUCUUAUUUGCGAGAACCCUGGGAGUGCAAAAUACAAUUAUUGCGUCGAGCAUGGCAUACCUAUUCUACUUCCAUCUUGGAUAUCGGAAGUGCAUAGUAAAUGGAUUAGUGGAGAAAGUAUAGAUGUGGCAAAGAGCUCCAGCGUGCAUCGCUUUCCUACGUUCCAAUUUGUACGACUAUGCCUAACUGCGGUAGACGAUGUGCAAAAGAGGAAGCAGAUUCGAAAACAAUUGGAGAAGAACGGCGGUACAUUCGUUGAGACACUCGGCAAAGACGCGGAAAUCACACAUCUCCUAUGUGGGCCAGACAGAGGCGACAAUGUGGGCGAAAAAGGAAUCUCCGCAAAGAUGCAGUUUGUCAUGAAGGCCAACAGGACCGCUACGACCAAAGUACAUUUGGUUUGGGAGGAUUGGUUUUGGGACUGCUUAGAAUUCAAGGGCAUUCUCAAUGAGAAGGAGUACGUGGCCACUGGACCUCGUCCGCAGCGUAGAAUGAUGCCAGAAUAUUCUCCACUGGUGGCACCAAUCGCUUCGUCAGCUGAACAGAUCGACCGACGCGCACCUAUCAUAUCACCUGCAUUGGAUAUCAGUCAAGACGUGGAAGAAAUUGCUAAUGUCAGACGCGUUCCCGAAGCAACAACUCGACUGUUUGAGAAUAUGCUGAGAAGGAGAGGCUAUGAAGUGAAGGGUGGAAAAGUGCUGCGAAGCCCAACCAGACCGCGAAUUUCCAACCCGCUUGGUGGAUACUUAGAACGAUCGUCCACCGAUAGAGUCGAUCAGAGGUUGGCGGUGGACUUCGCUUCAUCGCGUGCCGAGAGUUCACUGGCUGCGGCUUUCAGGAGAACGAAGUCGUUCGCAGUUAAAGGUGAUAACUCCGAAUCCUCUAACGUGCCAUUGCAACACGCAGCAUCGACAUCUUUUGUGACGUCUAAGCAAGCAGCAUCAUCAGCUAUGCCUAUUUUUAACCUACAUACCGAGGACGUCAGUGUUCCGGAUGGCGAGAAGAACCUCUUUGCAAACCUGGUAUUCCGGACACUCGGUCAAGCGAAUGGACCGAAACUGACAGCAGCACUCGAGCUUCGAGGUGGAACCGUCGUAGAUGAUCCCGAGGCGCAAGUGGAUUUUAUCAUAGUCCGUCUCGCGGGUGGUAACACCUUCUAUCUUGAUGAAAAAGAUGAAAUGCAGCGUGCCAAGUAUCGAACAGAGUGCUGGGUAGAGCAAUGCAUGUUCGAAGAGCGAAUAUGUGCUGCUGAAGAACAUCCAGCAUUUGUUCCCCUGCGGAUCCCUACUCCUAUUUCUGGUGCUAACAAGCUGUAUAUCCACGUUUCCGGAUUAGCUGCCUCGGAGAAGACCCCAUCAGUCCGUCUGGUAAAAGCCAUUGGGGCAACUGUGACGGACCAGCUGUCGAAGCGAAAUACACAUCUUAUUUGUCCUUGUGGCACAGGCGCAAAAUUCGAUAAGGCGCAGGAGUGGAGAAUUCCUAUCUUGAAUUUACAAUGGCUAUAUGCUACUGUGAAGACAGGCACAAUGCAGGAAGUAAAGGACUAUCUGGUUACCGCAGUUGCGCCCGAAAAUACUGGUAAAGGCGGAAUGAUGAUGGAUAUCACAAACAGCGAAUUUGUGCAAGGUUCAUCGAAGGUCAAGACACCCAGUAAGAGCUCUGACCGUUCACAGUCUUCAGACACUUCCAUUCCCGUCGUACCAUCUUCGUUUACGGAGACGGGGCCUGAGUUUUCGGAUUCUUGGGUGGCUAACGCUCUCCUCUCGGAGUCUGUACAUGAUCAUCCACCUACCUCGUCUCCAGCGCUUUCUACCCGUUCUCAUGGAACUAGUCCAACUACUCCCUCGAAGCGCAAACAUAAGCCAACGAAUCUCACUAUGGAAAACACCACUGUCCUUUUACCAUUUACUUCUCCGACUAAACGGAGAUCUCCUACAAAGUAUCAUGACCGAGUUCCAUCGAGCGUAACGCCUUCUCCGCUAAAAAUGCCAUCCAAGAACACCCGUACAGCGGACCACGAGGCAUCAAUAACGCCCACAACAGCACCAACCGCGACGGCCAAUACACUGAGUGGGGAAAGCGCAAACGUGCUAAAAGAUGCGAUCGCUUCGCUCUUAGGCAAACGACCCUCUUCAGAAGAUCAGGAUUUCGAUAAUAAUCAGAAUCAGAAUCACAGCUUGAAAGGACAAGGACAAGGACAAGCCCCGCCUACUCGUGCUUCGAAGCGCUCAAAACCACCUCCGAGGACGAAAUCGAGACAGGAUGGCUCCGGACGGACCUUUUCGCGCACGACGAGUGUUGAGGCGUUGGGACGUUCGGGAUCGAUAGUUUCGUCCACAGGUGUGGUCGCGGGACCGUCAUACUCGUUUGAUUUCACGAUGGGAACGACAGGGACUGGGAGCGUUGGUGGACUUAUUAACAGUAUUGCCGAGUCACCUGCAGACUCGGAUAUUAUCGGCCUUGGAUCGGGAAUUGGUACGGGAGGGGAAGCUGACGAAAGUAUGCGAGUGACGUAUGAAGAUCCAAGCCAACGAGCCGAGGAACGUAGAUUGUUGAGUCUCAUCUCCGGUGAUGCAAUGGAUGCUGAUGCAGGACGGGAAGCUAUUCCUGCGUACGAGGAGAAUAACAAUGUACUUACCGAGGAAGAGAAAACGUCACAGCCUCGUCCGAGAAGGAAGGGGAGGAACCUGCGACGAACACGACGUGCAGAAAUGUUUUCAUCGGGCUUGUUUUACCGACCCAAGGACACUGGCGCCACCAUCUCUUCGACCUCUCCCCACUUCAUCUCGCUCAUUCUUCGCGGAGGAACGUGGAGACAGCCAGUGUAG